AUGGCCACCGACCUGCACUGUAUUUCGUUCAGCGCACCGAAGGGGCACUGGGACGCCGCGGUGGUACUCGUUAAGAGUCACCCCGAUGAGUCAGACUUUGAGGUGUGGGUCAACCCCAUCGUGCCGGGCUACGACGACCGCAACUCCAUCGCCCCCAUGUACGGCAUGUGGGAAAACUGUAUUUCGUGCGGUGCCUGCACCGCGUGGGUGCUGCGCCCACAGUCCAUCACGUGUUGCGGGUGGGACCAAUAUGGAAACGAGAAAACGGAGGUGCUUGACGGCAUGCGGGCACGGUGCCUUAUGCAUGAGCUCGAUCAUCUCAGCGGCAAAACAAUUCUGCAUCAGGCGUUGGGGCCGGAGUUUAUCGUGAGUGGCAUUGCAAUGGGGCAGAGGGACUUGUGGCCGCCAAAUUUUCCAUCAGCAGAGGCCUACGUUACUGGUCCCCACCAGUUCUUUGAUUACGUUAAAAAUGUCCCUGUUGUGCCGCCGGGAAUGGAGUGGUGGUACGCACAGAACAUGCAACAGCAGUUUGAUGAUGCUCGUCUGAACCAGUAA